AUGGGUCGCUUCACGAUUUUGCCCCUUGCAUACGCCCUUGUCUUGGUCGCCGCGGCGUGCCCCGUGCUGGGCUAUGUCCCUCACGGCGCGGCGCCGCGGAGCACCGGCGCCGCCGGGCAUCACGCCAACACCCGAACUUACAUCGUCCUGGUCGAGCCUCCGCCUGCGCAAACCGAUGAAGACGACGAGGCCGCGCACCGCCGGUGGCACGAGUCGUUCCUCCAGAGCUCCGGUGGUGGUGUCCGCCCGCGCCGCAUUCGCCACUCGUACACGAGCGUGCUCUCCGGCUUCGCCGCUAGGCUGACCGACGCCGAGCUCGCGGCCGUGUCCAGGAAGCCAGGGUUCGUGCGGGCGUUCCCGGAACGCAGGAUGCCGCUCAUGACGACGCGCACACCGGGGUUGCUCGGGCUGACUCCCGACGGCGGCGUCUGGAACGCGACCGGCUACGGCGAGGGCACGAUCAUUGGGUUUCUGGACACCGGGAUCGACGAGAAGCACCCUUCGUUCCGCGACGACGGCAUGCCGCCGCCGCCCCCCAGGUGGAAGGGCGCCUGCCAGCCUCCUGUUCGGUGCAACAACAAGCUCAUCGGCGCGGCGUCGUUCGUCGUGGACAACACCAUCACCGACGACGUCGGGCACGGCACGCACACCACCGGCACGGCGGCCGGCCGGUUCGUGGAAGGAGUCUCGGCCUUCGGCCUUGGCGGCGGCGGCACGGCUGCCGGGAUGGCACCCGGCGCGCACAUGGCCGUGUACAAGGACCCCAUCGCCAUCGGCGCGUUCGCAGCGGUGUCCAAGGGCGUCCUCGUAGUGUGCGCCGGCGGCAACAGUGGCCCUUUGCCCUCCACGCUGUCCAACGAAGCGCCGUGGAUAUUGACGGUGGCGGCCGGGUCUGUGGACCGGAGCUUCCGUGCCAGCGUGCGGCUCGGCGACGGCGAGAUGUUCGGAGGUGAGUCACUGACUCAGGACAAGCACUUCAGCUCCAAGGUGUAUCCGCUGUACUACUCAAACGGCAUGAACUUCUGCGACUACUUCAACGUCAACAUCACCGGCAUGGUGGUCGUGUGCGACACCGAGACACCGGUGCCACCGAUGAGCUCCAUCGAGGCGGUCCGUGAGGCUGGCGGCGCCGGCGUCGUGUUCAUCAACGAACCGGACUUCGGAUACACCAUCGUCCUGGAGAAAUACUACAACCUCCCCAUGUCGCAGGUGACCGUGGUCGACGGCACCAAGAUAAUGGGCUACGCCAUGAAGGGUGCGUCCACGACCAACCAUACGGCAACGAUCGUGUUCAACAGCACUGUCGUUGGCGUGAAGCCGGCGCCGAUCGUGGAGGCCUUCUCGUCGCGCGGCCCCAGCGUUGCCAGCCCCGGCGUGCUGAAGCCCGACGUCAUGGCGCCGGGGCUCAAUAUCCUCGCCGCGUGGCCGUCGGAGGUGCCCGUCGGGGGGCCCGAGUCGAACAGCUUCGACGUCGUCUCCGGCACGUCCAUGGCGACGCCGCACAUCACCGGCAUCGUGGCGCUUGUCAAGAAGGCGCACCCGGACUGGUCGCCCGCCGCGAUCAAGUCCGCCAUCAUGACCACGUCCAGCGCCAUCGACAACGACGGCAACCAGAUCAUGGACGAGGAGCACCGGAAGGCGAGCUUCUACUCCGUCGGCGCCGGCCACGUUGUCCCGGCGAAGGCCGUAGACCCCGGCCUGGUGUACAACCUUGGCGUCCGCGACUACGCUGGCUACAUCUGCAGGCUCCUCGGCGAGGCGGCCCUGAAAACCAUAGCCGGAAACACCACCUUGACUUGCACUGAGGUCGAGCCUAUCACCGGGGCGCAGCUGAACUACCCGGCGAUACUGGUGCCGCUGCGAGCUGAUGCGUUCGCCGUGAACCGGACGGUGACCAACGUCGGGCCGGCCAAGUCGAACUACACCGCCAAGAUCGAAGCGCCGAAAGGCCUGAUGGUCAAGGUGGAGCCGGCGGAGCUGGAGUUCACCAAGGCAAAUGAGAGGAAGACGUUCACGGUCACGGUGAGCGCAGCCGGAGCCAGCAGCGAGCAGGAGAUCGCCGAGGGGGCCCUGAGCUGGUUGUCCCAUGACCAUGAUCACGUCGUGAGGAGCCCAAUUGUGGCCGACUCCACGCUUACCCUGAGUUGA